AUCAUUUUGAGUUGAACCUACCGAUGGUCUUCAUCUGCUUCUUCUCACUGCUUGUAGUGGGAUCUCUCGGAGCAAAGAUAGCUCUGUUCCCAUCAACUGGAUGCUUCAGCCACGAUGUCAUGAUGAAGCAGGUUGGCGAGCAGCUAGACGAAAAUGGGAAUAACAUCACAUGGAUUCAGACAUAUCUUUAUGACUUUGGUUUUGGCGAAAUGCAAAUUCCAGAUCAUUGGAAUAGACUCUCAAUUGUUGGAAUUGAUGAAAGAGCCAACUACCUUCAAGAAAACACAGGCAGAUUGAUUUGGAGGCAAAAUGUUCCAUUUGACUUUGACAGGCCAUUCAAUAUUCAAGGAAUUAAGGAUUUUGUGGUAAUGUUGCAACGGCAUCAGGAGUACUGCACAGUUAUGAUGGAUGACCCGAGAUAUCAGAGAUUGAGAAAUGAGAACGUUUCCGUCGCUGUGUUGGAUCACUUUUUGCAGGAAUGUAUGGGAGGUCUGGCUCAUUUGCUCAACGCCUCUGUCAUUCAGUUUUCAAACUGGCCACUGUCAGAUGGUUACGUGACCUCCUUGAAUCUUCCAGCCUCGCCUGCAUCUGUACCGAAAACGGGUACUCACCACUCGAGUAAUUCAAUGAGUUUUCUUCAAAGAUGCAAGAACGUAUUAUUUCAUAUUGCUAUAUUGGUUACACGUUUUGUUCAAAUGAAAACACUUGAUACGAUGUUUUCAAAUAGAAAUUAUCCAUGGAUCCAAGUUGAACUUAACGAAGCGCAACGUCCAUUAUUCGCAAGUCGUGCUGAAAUGAUUUUCGAAUCAGUAAGACCAAUCAAUAAUAGAAUCAAAUUCUUUGGAGCUGCUUCUACAAUGGCUCCAGAAAACUAUAUCAGCUCCUCAAAUCAUUUUCAAAUCCCUUCUACAGUUUCUUUUUCGGAACCUGUCCUUCUCAGCGCCAACAGUACUAACCUAACAGCCGAAUGUACCACAUGUCACAAGUUGGAAUCUAGACUUCGGAGACGUUCCUAUAUGUUUAAUAUGGUAACAGAUCGAACUGUUAUAUAUAAUAGACAACGAGAACUUCGUGACAAAUAUCCAACAAUCGAUUGGGAUCGCGUUCACUCGGAAAAAUUCGUUCUUGUGACAUUUGGAAGUGUUGCACAAGUUGAUAAAAUUCAUUUCGAACUUCUCCGAUCUCUUCUGGAGACUUUUGCAAAACAACCCGGACUUAUUAUCUGGCAAUCAAAUUUAAAUGCUCAAGAAAUUAAAGAAAUUCACAAUUUAACAGUUCCGGAAAAUGUUAUGGUGAGCUCAUGGGUGCCAAUAAAAGAACUAUUGGCUCAUGAUAACAUUGAAUUUCUAAUUUGUCAUGGAGGUAUCAAUACUGUCAAUGAACUUGGAUUAUUUGGAGUUCCGGUUCUUGGAGUACCAUUACAAGGAGACCAAGCUUCGAAUUUAGCGCGAGUUGUUGAUUUGGGAGCAGCUGAAUUGAUGACAAUUAUUGACUUGAAUGAUGGAAAAUUGGAUGAGAUGAUGGACAAAAUGAGGCGGAAUUUAUCUAGAUACUGGACAAGAAGUGAAAAGCUAUCAAAAAUGCUUUCCCAACUUCGUUCAUUCCACACCGGAUACCAACAGUUCUGGCUUAAUUGGGUUGCUAGACACGGAAAACAGAUUGAGCACAAGAAGUUUGUGAGAUAUGAGUACUUGGGUGACAUGGAUAAUCGUCUUUGGUUGACUAUAUUUGGUUCAAUCGCACUAGUAAUUCUUCUAGUUUACUUCUAGAAUUUUUUUUAGAAAUUACAAAUUUCUUAUGAUUUUCUAAAGGGUUGGAGGUUCAAUUUUGAAAUAUCUAAUUUAAUUUACUAUUGAAUCCCCCACCAAUUUUCCCCAGAAACUAUUUCUUUCUCAUAUUUAUGUCUUUGUGUAAGAGAUCUCAGAACUUUAUUGGCUUCGAUGAUGAUUGCUUUAUGAUAGGUUUUGGUUUUUAAUAAAAAUUAAGUGAACGGAAAGAUAAAUAAAUAAUAUUUGAUAA